ACAAUUAUUUCAGUUUCAAACGCUUUGUGAAACCGUACAGUACCGAGAACGAGCGGUAAAGAGUUCGGGAACAUAAAUCAAACGGGAGAAACGUAAACCAGAACCCACCUCUGCAGUCAUCCUUCCUUCGUCGUGAAAAAUUUAUUUCCAAUAUUGAAUUGGAACUUUGCGUAAAUCAUACAUUUCCACAAAAACUUUUUAAAUUUCACCGGUGAAAAUUUAAGUCCUACAUCGGCAACAUGAAUGUUCUACUAAGAAAAAGCUCGCAAAUGCUCAAUGCCAUAAAACCAUCAUAUUCCACAAAUAUUUGGAGAGCAGCCAGCCAUCAGCAGCCACGACAACCCGUGACUACGCCAGAGAAACGUUUGGAGAGAAAGCAGCCCACAUUCAGCGAAAGAAGUCAACUGAAAUACGCCCGCCGCCUGGUCGUAAAGCUUGGAAGUGCUGUUAUCACCCGCGAAGAUAACCAUGGCCUUGCCCUUGGACGUCUGGCCUCGAUUGUUGAGCAGGUUGCAGAAUGCCAUUUGGAAGGUCGAGAAGUUAUGAUGGUAACCAGUGGUGCCGUGGCGUUUGGAAAGCAAAAACUGGCUCAAGAAUUAUUGAUGUCAUUGUCAAUGCGAGAGACGCUUGCUCCUAAGGAUCACUCCAAAGAUGAAGACGGCUUCUUACUGGAACCCAGAGCUGCGGCUGCUGUUGGCCAAUCUGGCCUGAUGUCAUUGUACGAUGCCAUGUUUGCACAGUAUGGUGUGAAAAUAGCACAGGUUCUUGUCACAAAACCAGACUUUUAUAAUGAUGAGACGCGUAACAAUUUAUUCUGCACCUUAUCGGAGUUGAUUAGUUUAAACAUUGUUCCGAUCAUUAACACCAAUGACGCUGUAUCGCCACCUAUGUUCAUUGUGGAUGAUGAUCUUCCAGCAGGAUCCAAAAAGGGAAUUGCCAUUAAGGAUAACGAUAGUUUGUCAGCCAUGCUUGCUGCCGAGGUGCAGGCAGAUUUGCUGAUUCUCAUGUCGGAUGUUGAUGGCAUUUACAACAAACCUCCAUGGGAAGAUGGCGCCAAGCUGAUGCACACAUAUACCACCAACGAUAGUCGUAACAUUGAAUUUGGACAAAAAUCCAAGGUCGGUACUGGAGGUAUGGAUUCAAAAGUUAAAGCUGCUACAUGGGCCCUUGACCGUGGUGUGAGUGUGGUCAUUUGCAACGGCAUGCAAGAGAAAGCCAUUAAGACUAUAAUUGGAGGCAGGAAGGUUGGAACAUUCUUUACUGAAUCAACAGAUGGUUUUACCACUCCCGUGGAGGAACUUGCAGAAAAUGCACGCAUUGGCAGCCGUCAGUUACAAAGCUUGACACCCCAGCAAAGGGCCAGCGCUGUUAACACUUUGGCUGAUUUAUUGGUGAGCCGUGAGUCGUUCAUUCUGGAGGCCAACGCCAAGGAUCUAGCGGAUGCACAACGCAAUGGUCUGGCCAAGCCAUUGCUGUCACGUUUGUCCCUGAACACCGGCAAAUUGAGAAAUUUGUCAGUCGGAUUGAAACAGAUUGCCGAUUCUAGUCAUAAUAAUGUUGGCCGUGUUCUAAGACGCACCAGGUUAGCCGAGAAUUUGGACUUGACUCAAGUAACUGUUCCAAUUGGUGUUUUGUUGGUCAUUUUUGAAUCUCGUCCAGAUUCAUUGCCUCAGGUUGCCGCAUUGGCCAUGGCAUCGGCCAAUGGUUUAUUACUAAAGGGUGGUAAGGAAGCCGCCCACAGUAACAAGGCCCUGAUGGAGUUGGUCAAUGAGGCUUUGGCAUCAGUUGGUGCUGAAAAGGCAGUGUCCUUGGUUUCAACGCGCGAGGAAAUCAGCGAUCUUUUGUCAAUGGAUGAUCAUAUUGAUCUUAUUAUCCCCCGUGGCUCUUCCGAUUUAGUUCGUAGUAUUCAACAACAAUCGUUGCACAUUCCUGUGUUGGGCCAUGCCGAAGGUGUAUGUCAUGUAUUUGUUGACAAAGAUGCUGAUAUUAAGAAGGCAUUAAAGAUUGUUCGCGAUGCCAAAUGCGACUACCCAGCUGCCUGCAAUGCUAUGGAAACCCUUCUCAUCCAUGAAGACCUAAUGAGUGGUGACAUUUUCAGCGAUGUAUGCAACAUGCUGAAACGUGAAGGAGUCAAGAUCUAUUCCGGUCCCAGACUUAAUCAACAACUAACCUUUGGGCCACCCGCAGCCAAGAGCUUGAAACAUGAGUAUGGUGCUUUGGAGUGCUGCAUUGAAAUUGUUAAGGACUUGGAAGAUGCCAUCAAUCACAUCCACACAUACGGCAGUGGCCACACUGAAGUUAUUGUAACUGAAAAUGAUUCUGCUGCUCAACUUUUCCUUAAUAGCGUCGAUAGUGCUUGUGUCUUCCAUAAUGCCAGCUCGCGCUUUGCUGAUGGCUUCCGCUUUGGUUUGGGUGCUGAAGUGGGAAUUUCAACGGCACGCAUUCACUCUAGAGGACCAGUGGGUGUGGAGGGUCUACUUACCAGCAAAUGGGUGUUACGCGGCAGUGACCACACAGCAGCUGACUUUGCGGAAGGCGGUAACAGAACCUGGUUACAUGAAACCAUUCCAGUUUAAAUGGUGUAUGGCAACAUCAAGCUCUUCUCCCUGAUAGACAUAUCUUGUUGUCUAUUUUUCAAUUAAGUCUCCUCAAUUUGUUAAAAAUUAAAUCUUCAUUAGCUCAAUACGAUUACCAAAAUAUA